AUGAACCCUUCCAACUUUCAUUAUAUAAUCGUGUGCGUGUUCCUCUGCGUUGCCCACACGUUGCCACAACAGCCAGCACAGAAUAACAUGAAUACAACACCAGUUGAUGUCGUUAAUAACCACAACAACAACAUCAACAACAACAUCAACAACAACAACACAACUGCUCACAUCCGAAAAGAUACAACAAAUGACAUGAGUUUUAAUGAUCAGCGAAACAUUUUAAACAACAGUGACACGACGAACAACAUAACAAACGAACGAAAUCUACCGAAUGAUGAAAAUCAUCAGCAGAGUGAGAACCAGCACCAAUCAAACAACCAACACCUACUCCAUUUAGUUUACGAAAGUUCACAAUGCCUCUACAGUCUACCCAGGCCAAUCCGAUGCCAAAUAUCAACGACAGACAAGUAUAUGAAUGCAAAAGUUAAUCAGAUGGUCGAGAAGGAGCGAAUAACGUUGAUUGAAUACAGCUUCCACUUCACGAACUACACGCACAACCCCUUCCUCUUCAACGCCACAUUCUACCACAAGCCUCACAUCUGGUCGCGGACCUCGACAACUUAUGGGCAGACCCUCCUCUCCCUCGCUUUCAACUACGGCAUCCUCUCACUCAUGACCCUGACCUUUGGAACGACAAAAACUCAGGUCGAGUUGAACGAUUCGCCCUACGGAUGUUUUGGUCAACUGCCAGAAAUGGAUAAAAUGUCACUCAUUCGCGAGCUGACGAUGGUUGACUUUUUAAAUGUUGCUCCGAACAAAGACCAUGAAAACAAAACGAAAAACUUAGAAGUAGUACAAAAUGGCGCAAGAAUCUGUCACGAAAUUGUUGAGAAUGACAAUGGAUACGCCAGGUUCACAGACUGCUGUUGUUAUGCAGAUGUCUACAGCGGUCAGAAAGUUUGCAUCAAUAGCUCUCAAAAUUCCUGGCUGACAUUUCUGUACACGCUUCUCAGCAUUGUCCGCUACUGCAUCUUCUUUUUCGGUCCCAUGCUCUUUUUAUCUGCCAUGACGGGCCUAGCGAGAGAUGAAUUCCCAUACACCGUCAAACUGAAUGAUAAGUUAAAUAAAACUGUUAUGCUUUGUCGCUCUGAUCAAGAUGUCCCUGAAAAAUUGAAGUACAAGUACGUUCUUGACUUCCGAAAUAAGCGUGGGUUUCCGAAAUUUAAAGAUUCGAUAACGUUAGCUAAUAAAGAAAUUGAUGAUUUCUGGAAAAAUAAAGAAAAUAGUUCUUUAAAAAGUAGUCAAAAUUUGAAACCAGAGGCUCCAAAGUUAACAAUCUCGCCCGUAAAAUCAGAAUCAAAAGAAAAAUUAGACGGUGAAGAAAGUGAUGCUGAUAAAAAAGAAGAGGCGUUUGAACUUCCGAAAUCAUUAUUCAACUGCCCCGUGCACAUACAGAUCAAGGAGUAUGACAUAUCCAUCAAUUAUAAAAGGCUUGUAACAGAAAAUGAUGUUUCCAUUGGCUUCUGGAAGACGAUCUCGAACAUGAUCUUCAUGUGCCGACUUCGAAAUGUUGGUCCGUUUCAAGAUUGCUGUCGAGAGAACAUGUUCAAGCACGCAUUAUGUCUGAGGAAUCGACCAAUUUCAUGGUUAACAUUCUGGAAAAUUAUCGGCUCAAUUUUACUUGUUGUUCUUCUACCGACACCCUACUACUUGAGACUCUGGGUUUUGUAUAAAUUUGAAAUCAACGAAAUAUUAUCUCGGAAAUAUCUCUUGUCAACUUUGGGGCUGACCGAACGAUUUGAAAACAGUUUGUUACAUUAUUUUCUGCCCGAUCAUAUUCUGUUCGCAUUCAUUUACCUGGUCUACAUUCUGCUGGCGGUUUGUUUCGUCGCCAUGCCGGAAGAUUCUGAAGAUGGAAAGAUUAAACAAGUCGUCAUCAGCUCAUUCACCGAUUUGAAAAAUUUAUCAUGGGUGGAUGUUCUUCACAUGCUGGUCUCGAACAUCAUCUGGCCUUUCAAGAGAUUUGGUGUUAUGGGGUUUUUGGUGUCCAUAGUUUAUCUACCGUUCGUUAUUCCAUUCAGUUUGAUCGUGUUCUGCAUGUACUGUCUGCCCACUCUAUUUCUCACUGCCAGGAUGAUUUUUUAUUCUAAAAAAGUCUUCAGAGAGAAGAGAGUUAAGAAAAGCCGACGAGCAUACAGAGUUAACAGGAAGACGGACAACAAUUUGCGCAACUUUUACAUGGAGAGAUGGUUCCAGAAAUGUACGAACGAUGAUUCAGACGUGACAGACGAUUUGAACAACAACAUCGACAGCGCUGACAACCGCAACGAAUACAACAGCAAAAUAAACCUAAUGAAACAAACUUCAAAAAUGUCAGACAUCCUGGACAUUGACGAGGUCGAUCAUUUAAACCCUUCCAAAUUGAAAAAAUCUCGAACGCGAAGUGCCUCGCUGGCUUCCACGGUUAUAACGUUUGACAAAGACAAGAGGGCGUGUCGUGUUUUGGGGCAGCUACUCGUUUCAGUGGCUUGCAUCGUCGUCCUCUACGCCAUCCUCAUCAUAAUUACUGAGUGCCUCGGCUCUCUGGUUGAUAUGUUAGUAUUCACCAUGAUGGGGAUAAUUGUGAACGCGGGCAGUCUGCUGAAGUACAUUGCACUCAUCAUCAUGAUCGUCGUCUACAGUUACGAUUCAUUCAAUAACGUCGAGAAAAAAUACCUCAAACUGAACAAGGCACUUUUCACGGAAGUUAAAUCACGGAUAAAAGAUUUAGAUAAAGUUACAAGUUUGCCCUCCUACCUGCAGGAGAAUCGUGGCUUCAAAGCUCAGGAGUUGAACGAGCAGGCUGACCACGAGAUGCCUGACGAUGUCUCCGAACGUCUGCCUCGCCACUGGUUCAUCAACGAUCUCGUCCUCUUUGUUGACAAUGAAGACAUGCCGAGAAUUCCUAAGAAGUUAUUUGAGAACGUUUGCGAAAUAAAAGUGGCCGGAGUGCCAGGACCGGUUUACAGAGGGCUUCUGCUGGCCUUGAAACAAUUCAUUAAAAUUGUAACUUUUAUCGUCUUUGUGUUCAUUGUUGUUUUAACUUUUGGAAAUGUCUACGAAGUUUCGAACACGAAUCAGAUGUUGGCGGCAUUGGCAGGAGGCUCUCUUCCCUUCAUCCUGCGAACCUUCAUGGAGCCAGAGAAGCCAGAGAUAGAAAUGGGAACGGUCAGUUUCAAGAGUAAGUUGGACGAAGUUAUCAAAAAUUUUGCCCAAGUCUGGCCGAUGUACGAUUUUGACUUUCAGUUAUACAAACCCGAAGAAGAUAGUGACAGCGACAGUGAAGAUGGCAGUAAAAAGAAAAGUAAAAAAGAGCGGAAAGACAGUCUUUCCAAAAAGCAUUCCGAAACGCUGCCCGCACGUAAAAUCUCGAACCCACAUCUCGACGUCAUGGAGUCGGACAGGAGCCGCAGCAUCGACAACAUGUUCUUCGACUACAUGUGCCCACCAUCAUCGUCAGCAACGACCACCACCACCACCGUACAACAGCCGCAAUCAGGCAACCACAGAACCGUUGCGCCGACGAAAUCGAACCAAAGCGCGAAAGUUUGCUUCAAAGUUCCAGAGAAGGAGGACGAGGAGACGGUGGACAUCGUGAUUCUGCUGCCUGAGGAGUUCGACCUUUUCUUCGAUGAUCCUCUCGUCUCCAGUAAAUUCUGA